AUUUGUCAACAUUUUGACAUCAUCUCGGCGGAUUAUUUUGCUGCCACUGGCAUUCCAUUAUUGCAUCUCCGCCACCGAUUCUGUGUAAAGAUCAUCAUCGACUACACUCACACACCACUAUAACCACUCGCAUCCGACUCCCACUUCCCUCGCUCAGUUUUCAGUGGUCUCCUUUGAUCCUAAUACUCAGACAUGUUCCAAAGGACACUACGGGCUCCUGCCUUCCGCGGAGCCCUCGCCGCCCUCCGCCCAACCUCGACCUCAUACACACUCCUGCCUCGGAUCGGCGCAUCUCUAUCACAGACGAGACUGCUAUCCGAUGAAGUGCGCCAUGCGAUAGACCGAGCCGUGGCCUCGGCGCCCGUCGUGCUGUUCAUGAAAGGCACGCCCGAGACACCACAGUGUGGAUUCAGUCGGACAUCGAUCCAGAUUUUGGGUCUGCAGGGAGUCGACCCGAGGAAGUUUACGGCCUUUAAUGUUCUAGAGGAUGAAGAGCUGAGAAGUGGAAUCAAAGAAUACUCCGACUGGCCCACGAUUCCACAACUCUACGUCGACGGCGAGUUCGUUGGCGGCUGCGACAUCCUCAUCAACAUGCACAAGGACGGCAGUCUGGCGAAAUUGUUGUCCGAGAAGAAAGUCUUGGUCGAAGAGGAAGGAGAAGAAGCAGGAGACGCCGAACCCGCAACUCAAGAUGUAGAGGGCCAAAAGGCCGAGGAGGUCCGCGCAACUACGGAGCAAAGUACCGGCGGAAGAUCGAAGGAUGCAAAGGGCGAGAGUUCGUGAACGUGGAAGUGAAAGAUGUCCAAGUGUCAUACUAUUUCAAUGUCACACACUGCUACCGUGACCUACCGAUUCGGAACGGUUGUAGUAAAGUAAAAAUUGACGAGGCAAGAAAGAAUUGGGCUCAGCGUUGCCCGUUCAGGUUCGACGGCGCAACUGAAAGGGGCCCUGGAGAGAGAGUCACAGCAUACACUACAGGGUCUGUCAAGAUCUCUCUGAGCCAUAUCAUUGUGAAACCGAAUGUACCAGAAAGGGCGGUCUUAGAACAGGACUGCCGAAUGUACAAAAAGACGAUUUGAUGCUUGAUAUGACUGUAUAGGUACUUUCAUCCGAACCAUCAUUUCCUUUUCCC